AUCCCUGGGAAAGGGCCCGUGGACUCCGACGGGAGGUGGAGAUGGCGGCAACCGCGGGGGAAGAUGGCGCCUGUGGCCAAGAUCAAGGGCGCCGGGGCUGCAAACAUUAUGACAGAGGAUGUCUCUUGAAGGCACCCUGCUGUGACAAGCUGUACACUUGCCGGUUGUGUCACGAUAGCAACGAAGACCACCAGCUAGACCGCUUUCAAGUGAAGGAAGUGCAGUGCAUGAACUGCGAAAAAAUUCAACAUGCCCAGCAGACUUGUGAGGAAUGUAGCACCUUGUUUGGAGAAUAUUAUUGCGAUAUAUGCCAUCUGUUUGACAAAGACAAGAAGCAGUAUCAUUGUGAAAGCUGUGGAAUUUGUAGAAUUGGUCCAAAGGAAGAUUUUUUCCACUGUUUGAAAUGUAACUUGUGCCUCGCGAUGAACCUCCAAGGGAAACACAAGUGUAUUGAAAAUGUCUCCCGGCAGAAUUGUCCAAUAUGCCUGGAGGACAUUCACACAUCUCGAGUUGUUGCUCAUGUCUUGCCAUGUGGGCAUCUUUUACACAGGACAUGUUACGAAGAAAUGUUGAAAGAAGGCUACAGGUGUCCGUUAUGCAUGCACUCAGCUUUAGACAUGACCAGGUUCUGGAGACAGCUGGAUGACGAGGUGGCCCAGACUCCCAUGCCAUCCGAAUAUCAGAACAUGACUGUAGAUAUUCUCUGCAACGAUUGCAAUGGGCGCUCCACAGUCCAGUUCCAUAUAUUAGGCAUGAAAUGUAAGAACUGUGACUCCUACAAUACUGCUCAAGCCGGAGGACGUGGGAUCUCACUAGAUCAGCAGUGACCAGCCUGGACUACACUGGAAAAGCUAGCAUUUCUGAUACAUAAUGGGGUUGCCAUAGUGUCCUGUUGUCAUACCAUGUCACAAUCUGUGCAUUAGACUUGGAGUGUUUUGUACUGUGUCACAGCAUAAAAUCAUAUUGUAAGUACUUAAGGAUUCAGGGUCUCUGUAACUAUCAUAGCUCCAUAUUGCAUGAAAGCCACUGCUUGUAUUUUUGAUUGGAAAUUUCUUUAGUGUCAGUUAUUUGGAAGCCAGUGAUGUUUGCCAUUGA